UUUGCCUGGUUCUGGCCUCUGGAAAUAAAUGAAAAGCGUCGGUGUUUGAUGACAGCUUGAGGAGGGGAAUGUACAGAUGACGUUUGGCAACGAGAUUUACAGCUGAAUUCCCACUUGACUACACUGGCCAGCAUCCAUAAGAUCCACCACACCUUGCACAGGCUGAACCUGACAGAAGACGUUGGACAGGAUAGCCACCCCUCAGCUUGUUGCUCUAGAGCCAUGCCUCCUAGGAAAAAGAGGAGACCCUCUGCUGGAGAUGACAUGUCAGCCAAGAAAAGUCGCCAGGACAGUGUUUUCAGAAAACAUGAAACGUCACAAAUUCGCGAGGAGGAGACAUUUUCUAGUAAAAGGUGCUUGGAGUGGUUCUAUGAAUAUGCAGGUUGUGACGAUGUGGUGGGUCCAGAGGGCAUGGAGAAGUUCUGCGAGGACAUCGGAGUGGAACCAGAGAAUGUGGUGAUGCUGGUUCUUGCUUGGAAGCUGGAUGCCCAGAGUAUGGGAUAUUUCACUCUCCAGGAGUGGCUGAGAGGCAUGGGCUCACUGCAGUGCGACUCCACAGAGAGGCUGAGGAACUCGCUCGAUUACCUGAGAUCUGUCCUAAACGACAGCACCAGUUUUAAGCUCAUUUAUAGAUAUGCCUUUGAUUUUGCUCGGGAAAAGGAUCAGAGGAGUUUGGACUUGAACACAGCCAAGUGCAUGCUGGGGCUUCUUCUGGGAAAGACAUGGCCCCUGUUUCCCGUGUUUAAUCAGUUUCUAGAGCAAUCCAAGUACAAAGUCAUCAACAAAGACCAAUGGUGCAAUGUUUUAGAGUUCAGCAGGACAAUCAACCUGGACCUCAGUAACUACGAUGAGGAUGGUGCCUGGCCUGUUUUGUUGGAUGAGUUUGUGGAGUGGUACAAGGAAAGACAGAUGUCAUAGCUGCAGAGCAAAAUGGAAAAUGGAAAAAACACAACUGUGACAACAACGACUAUGAGAAUCAACAACCAAUAAGUAAACAAUACAAAAAUGGUAAAGCAGUGACUGUGGGUGCUUCCUAGUAAAGGAGGGAUUUGGGGCUGUGGGUGGGCUAGGGUGGGGGCGACGGGUUUGCAGCCUGGGUGCACGCUGCCCAGAGCACGGAUGCGGAGGGCUGCCAUUGUGGAGUAAUGUUCCCUACCGAAGUUGCAUAGUGGGCAAGCUUGCAGCAAUCCCCAGUGGCAUUGCUGUCUCUCACUGUGACAUGUCAUAUUGCUGUCUGUGUUAGGAUAACAUGGUAUCAUACAUGGAUGAUGGAAGCAAAAUGGUAUUAUGUGGGAGAACCACUCCUCACCCUUAUCUUCAGCACAGAGAACCCAACGGAAGUGACCAUUCAUGCAUUGUGUCUGAGUCUUAAACAGGGUCACUUUGACCUGGGCACAUUAAAUAUUAUAUAUCUGUGCAAUGAACUUGAACUUGAGCUUUUCUGGACAGAUGGCACUAACUAUUGUUUGUCAUAUUUUCAGUUUGAUAGGAAUUCUUCAAGAAGCACACUGUGUCAAAUGGUUGAUCGCAGGUUUCUGAUGCCUGUGCUGUUUACUAUUGAUCUGUGCCAGUGAUUUCUUUUUUUUCCCUCCAGUUUUUGUUCCCUCCUGCUGUUUUGCUCCAGCUAAUGCUAACAGUUUGCUAACCCCCCCGGCAAAGGCUUCAGACCUCAUAACACCAAACAAAUCAGCAUUGCUGCUUACUAACUCUUAUUACAGCGGUGAGCCACUAGUGCUCUGAUCAGCAUUUAUUGGUCCGGUGACCAAUCGAUGUAUCUACGUUGUGUAGGUAAGAGUAUUAUUGUGCCUCAAACCAUGGAAGUCACUUUGUGUGUCCCACACACGUACCAACAAAUCCAAAUGUACAUACACGUGUGAGAACACAUACAACACAUACACAUACUCAUGCACACACAGACACACUGAGUGGUCAGGGAUUAUUUCAGGAUGAAUUCAAACUGUUUGGGCUGUGUUAUAAGUUGACAUAGAUCUAGUUGGUGUCCAUUUUGUCUUGAUAUGUGGUAUAUGUUUUGUCUUCCUUAGUCCACUGAUAGUUUCAGGUCUCUUCCUAGUAGCAUCUCUCCCAACACUGACAGUGUUUUAUAUAUGUAUAUAUAUACACACAUAUAUACAUGUAUAUAACUAUGGAAGACCAUUGACCCUCUCAGGACGAGGUCCUUUAGGCUUGAGUAGUAAGGUAGGUUUGCUGAAAGCAUUGCUUUGUACCACCCGUAGGAUCUAAUCAAAACAAUGGACACUGACGGUUUGGAACUGUGUGAUGAUGCUAUGCUCUUCUUUCGCCUAGUAUAAUGUUCUUGUAACACAUGUAUAAAUUUUUGUCUUUGGCUGUUGUGUGAUGCUGAAUCGUCAGAAGAUUUAAUAUUUGCAUGCAUGCUCCAACAGAGCCUUUGGUGAAUGGAUGAGAUUUUUUGAAAACAUUUUUCAAAUGCGUUUUUGUUUUGUACAGGAAUUUGUGCAAGUGUUUUGUGCUCAAUUUGAUAUUCAUGAUCAUGUUAUCUUAAUUCUGAUGAACAACAUGAUCGUGUCUAUUAAGACCUGGAACACACCUGUAACCUCACGGUGGAACAGGAGUUCCCUCCUGCAUUUGCCCCAUCUUUCAGAUCCUUACACGUGCUGUAAAGCUUUAGGUAGCUACAGCCAGUACAGGAUCUAAUUUUAUUUAUUGGAAGUGCGUAACUUGUUUUGCAACUUUUGCACCACACUGUCACAAUACACACAAAAUACACUUUGAAAUCUGUCGUGAAGUUAAUAGACAUCAGCUCCCGUGUCACUGAAGCGCACUGCUGAUAAAACUGUAAGAAAGCCUCUUUUGUCAUUACAACACCAUCAACCAUCAGCAUAAAAUCUAAGGUCAAAGUAGUUGUUGGAUUGCUUACCAAAUACUGUGUAGAGAUCAGUGUAUAGAGUUUUCUCCCAUGACAGUGCAGGAGGAUGAACAGCCUUGUCCCAACUGUAUAUAUGUAUGUAAACUAUGUAAGUGUCUAUAUGUCUGUUUUCACUAUAACCUAUGUCUAUAUACAUAAAUAAAAUG